CCUGGGCCUCCCGCCGCCGCAUUUCAUCGAAAGAAUUCAUAUUACUCCAGGCGACAUCCAAGAAGCGCCUCUUCGUGUGACGGGCCUGGACAGACCGCUGAGUCCUGAGUCCUAUUCUAUGAACUCAGACACUCAGGUAUCCUCCAUAGUAUGGGGUCCUACAUCUUCUGUUCAGAUAGCUGUUCCAGAUGAAGAUGCUUUUGGAGACCAUGGGGACUCUGCCAGUCUUGGUGCCAUCAACCCUGCCUGCAGUAACUCCUCAAUUCCUCAGUCCUCCAGGGGGCUCUCAGAGGAGCCCUUCACCACCUACCUGAAUGAGAAUCAUGCCGUUCCUGAGGAGUACUCUUGUUUUAGCUUUCGUAAACUCUGGGUCUUCACAGGACCAGGACUUCUUAUGAGCAUUGUGGAUCCAGGAAACAUUGACUGUGAUUUGCAGUCUGGAGCACUGGCUGGUUUUAAGCUGCUGUGGGUUCUGCUGUUGGCCACCAUCGUCGGGGUCCUGCUCCAAACGUUUGCAGCUAGGCUGGGAGUGGUCACCGGACUUCAUCUUGCUGACGUGUGUUACCGUCAGUAUCCGAGGGUUCCACGAAUCCUUCUGUGGCUGAUGGUGGAGUUAGCUAUCAUUGGUAUAGAUAUGCAAGACGUUAUUGGCUCAGCUAUUGCCAUCUAUCUCCUGUCUGCAGGAAGGAUUCCACUAUGGGGUGGAGUUCUUAUCACCGUUGCAGAUACAUUUGCAUUUCUCUUUUUGGACAACUAUGGUUUGCGAAAGCUAGAAGCAUUUUUUGGUUUUAUCAUCACUGUUAUGGCCCUCACAUUUGGCUAUGAGUGUGUUACAGUGAAACCCAGCCAGACCCAAAUCCUCAAAGGCAUGUUCCUGCCAUCCUGUUGAGACUGUCGUACCCCACAGAUCAUGCAGGCUGUGGCCAUUGUGGGCGCCAUUAUCACGCCACACAACAUAUACCUGCAUUCUGCCUUAGUCAAGUCCAGACACAUAGACCGAGCCAAAAGGCAGGAAGUUCGAGAAGCCAAUAAGUACUUCUUCAUUGACUGCUGCAUUGCUCUCUUUGUUUCCUUUAUCAUCAACACCUGUGUCAUCUCAGUGUUUGCUGAAGCAUUUUUUGAGAAAACCAACGAGCAGGUGGUUGCGGUCUGUAAAAACAGCAGCAGUCCCCAUACUCACCUUUUCCCAGAGGAUAACUCAACACUGGCUGUGGACAUCUACAAAGGGGGUGUUGUGCUGGGGUGUUACUUCGGGCCUGCCGCUCUCUACAUCUGGGCCGUGGGGAUCCUGGCUGCGGGGCAGAGCUCCACCAUGACAGGGACCUAUUCCGGCCAGUUUGUCAUGGAGGGAUUCCGGAACCUAAAAUGGUCACGCUUUGCCCGAGUGAUUCUGACCCGCUCUAUUGCCAUCAUCCCCACUCUGCUUGUGGCCGUCUUCCAAGAUGUGGAGCAUCUCACAGGACUGAAUGACAUCUUGAAUGUUCUUCAGAGCUUACUACUUCCCUUUGCCCUUAUACCCAUCCUAACAUAUAUGAGCUUGCGACCAGUCAUGAGCGAAUUUGCCAAUGGACUAGGCUUGCGGAUCGUGGGCGGUAUCGUGGUCCUUAUCAUCUGUUCCAUCAACAUGUACUUUGUCGUGGUUUAUGUCCAGGAUCUAGGGCAUAUGGUAUUGUAUGUGGUGGCUGCAGUGGUCAGCGUAGCUUAUCUGAGCUUUGUGUUUUACUUGGGUUGGCAGUGUUUCAUUGCACUGGGCAUGUCCUUCCUGGACUCUGGACACACACGGUAAGCAUCUCUGAAGUCCUGCUGACCGAAGAUGCUAUCCAUGGCUACACUGAGUAAACACUGUCUGCAGGUACCAUCAGAGCCAGUGUGUUUCUAUGGUUUACUGUGUGAACAUAGCCAGACAUGUGUGUUGUACAGACUGCAUUUAGGACUCAACUGUUUGUUGGAAAAGACUUUGUUUCACAUGUUUGAAAGAUGGCAUUAUUUUUCUUUCUGAACUCUAACCUGGGAACUGGAUUAGGUAGGAUCCUUGACAACUUGACAUCUACUUCUCUCAAACAACACUGAACUCUUUUGCUGCCCAAGGGCCAGCUUCUUUUAUCUGUUUGAGGCAUAAUCCUCUUUGUAAGAUUCUGAGAAAGACUGACUAUAUGUUAAAAAAACUUAUUUAGAUAAUUCAAUAAAUUUUUUAUAAUACAAAGUACAGAAUAUGUGUGCAAGUUUAGUUUAUCAAAUGACAGUGCAUUUAAAAGGCUGAGAAAUUUCCUUAUGCAUGCCCUUUGAAUAAUUGUUUUUUCUUUACAUCUGUUUAAUGUCUUAUCUCCUUUAGUACAAUCAAGGGAAAGCAGUUUGUGUUGUUCAUAGCUAUACUCCCAAAACCUAAAGUAGUGUCGUAGUUCAGUUCAGCUCAGUCACUCAGUCAUGUCCAACUCUUUGUGACCCCAUGGACUGCAGCAGGUUUCCUUGUCCAUCACCAACUCC